UCUGGCAGAUCAAAUAUGCUUGGCCCUGGCCACCUUUGGAGGGUCCAUCGAAGUCAUGCGGAUAUCUUUGAGAUUUGUGCUUGCCAAGCGCAGGAUCAUCCGCACAGCUCGUGCGUUAACGCGAUCCACGUGCCAUUGAGACCGCCAAUGCUACUCUACACGCGUACAAAACCCUGGGAACAUACAAAUAUGAUCAACCCCUCCUCCUCCUCCUCCUCCUCCUCAAGCAAAUCUCACUACAUGUCCACCGACUCCAACUCCGCCGGCGAAGUUCCCGGCGAUCCAACACACCUCUCCACUUCCCUCAUGAGCGCAACUAGCCUAAUCCAAUCCUUUGCACCCAUCUCCCGCAUCCAUCAACACCUCUGCGCCUUCCACCUCUACGCCGAUGACACGACCCGACAGGUCCAAGCCCACCACUUCUGUUCCCACGUCAACGCAGACGUCCGCCAAUGUCUCAUCUUCGACUCGCUGGAACCCGGCGCGCGUCUUAUCGGCGUCGAGUACAUCAUCACCGAGCCUCUCUUUCUUACCCUUCCCGACGAGGAGAAGCCACUUUGGCACUCGCAUGAGUAUGAGGUAAAGAGUGGAGUCCUCUUCCUGCCCGGUGUUCCAGGGAUCGUUGAGCGUCGGGAUCUCGAGAAGGUUGCCAAGACCUACGGGAAGACAUUCCAUUUCUGGCAAGUGGAUCGUGGUGACGAGCUUCCCUUGGGAGUACCGUCUCUCAUGAUGGCGCUUACUAGAGACGGUCAGCUUCAUGAGGAUCUCGCCCGAGGCGUCGAGAAGAAAUUCGGAGUCUCAUUUGAGAAGGAGAGGGAGAACAGGGCUUAUAUAAGUGGACCGGAGCAUGGAAUCCAUCAUUUGGCUAAUGGCGCAGGGAAGAGAUGGAAGUUGGAAUUGAAGGAGGUAAAUCUGCCAUCUUAAGCUUUUGUGUCCAGGGUCUUUGAUACCGUUUAAAUAAAUAUGUUUGUUUCUCAGUCGACUUUGUGAGCAAAAACAUAUCAAAAUAUGGCCCAAGUUUUCAGCAUAUGGAAUUUUUUCCUUA